GUCAGUACAUCAACCACAAUGGCAACUACACUGCUCCGCCAAAGCGCCCUGCGCACUGCACUCCGCUCGUCCGCCCCAUCAGCGACCAAGAGAGCAGCACUUGCUAGCACCACCUUCACACGCGGCAAAGCGACAUUGCCAGACCUGUCCUACGACUAUGGCGCACUCGAGCCAGCCAUCUCUGGCCAAAUCAUGGAGCUGCACCACUCCAAGCACCACAACACCUACGUGACAUCCUACAACACGCAGAUUGAGAAACUGCAGGAGGCACAGCAAAAGGGCGAUAUUCAGGCACAAAUUGCCAUUCAGCCAUUGAUCAACUUCCACGGAGGUGGACACACAAACCACACACUCUUCUGGGAGAAUCUCGCGCCCAAAUCCCAAGGCGGCGGCGAACCACCCAGCGGCAGCCUCUCCAAAGCCAUCGACGCAUCCUACGGUUCAUUGGACAAGCUCAAGUCCCAAUUCAACGCUGCUCUGGCGGGGAUUCAAGGUUCGGGCUGGGCAUGGUUGGUACAGGAUACCCACACUGGUGCGAUCCAGAUCAAGACAUAUGCGAACCAGGACCCCGUGGUGGGUCAGUUUCGUCCCAUUUUGGGCAUUGAUGCGUGGGAGCACGCGUACUACUUGCAGUAUCAGAAUCGCAAGGCGGAGUACUUUAGCGCUAUUUGGGAUGUCGUGAACUGGAAGGCGGCGGAGAAGAGAUUCAAGUAGACGUGGCGGAGUCUUGGAUGAGGUUGAUCCAGUACUACUAGUCUGGAGAACAGCCGCGGAGGAAGGAGAGUAGUAGGGAGAGAUGAAGAUGAGAGCUGGUACAGUGUGUACGAUAAGGUAGCUGGAGUAAGUACAGGUACGUCUCGAAGUACUGUAUGCAUCCAUCUGCCGACGGAGAUGACGAGGAUAACGAUGGAGAUGAUGGAAGAAGCUAGUGGUUCUACAACAUUGAUAUCUACCCACCCACCUACCUACUCCAAAUGUAAGCGAUUCGAAACAAAA